AUGGCCCGCGGGGGCUCGGAGCAGGUGCGCUACUGUGAGCGCUUCUCGUACCUAUGCCUCAAGUUUUCGCUCGUCGCUUAUUCGUCAUUCUUCUGGCUGGUCGGGGCUCUGAUCCUGGUGGUGGGGAUCUACGCCGAGGUGGAGCGGCAGAAGUACAAGACCCUGGAGAGCGCCUUCCUGGCGCCGGCCAUCAUCCUCAUCCUCCUCGGGAUCGUCAUGUUCGUGGUCUCCUUCGUGGGGGUCCUGGCCUCCCUCCGGGACAACCUGUGUCUCCUCCAAGCGUUCAUGCACAUCCUGGGCCUCUGCCUCAUCAUCGAGCUCAUCGGGGGCGUCGUGGCCCUGAUCUUCAGGAACCAGACCAUUGAGUUCCUGAACGACAACAUCCGGAGAGGAAUCGUGAACUACUACGACGACCUGGACUUCAAGAACAUCAUGGACUUCGUCCAGGAGCAGUUUAAGUGCUGCGGCGGCGAAGACUACACAGACUGGAACCAGAACCAGUACCACAACUGCAGCGGGCCCGGGCCCCUGGCUUGCGGCGUCCCCUACACCUGCUGCGUCCGGAAUAAGGUGACCAUCGGGGUGGGGGGGCCUCGCUCUGGCCCGGGGCCAGUUUUGUCCCCCGUGAAAUGCCCCCGAAUGCGGCCGUUUUCCUUCUGUUGCUCUCUUACAUUUUCUGCCUUUAUACUGUGAGAGCCUGCCGGGGCGGCCUCUUCCCCUCACCGGCCUCCUUCCUAGUCUGUGGCACACGGAGAAGGCGGACGGCCCAGCGGUUAGAGCCGCGUGAAAAGAAGGACCAAAGGGGGGGGGGCAGGGACGCUGGGACAGCUUUUUGGUGCGUUUGUUUGUUUCUUGUCUGUUCUGAAUAGGCAGCGACGCAGGUAGCCCAGGUGCCCCGAAUCACAGCUUUCCUUUUU